CAAAAGAGCUCAGCCUUUUUGCAGAGGCAAAGCCACGCCUAAAACAAUGUAUCUAUUUGCUGGCAGGUGGCUGAGAUUGUCAGUUGGAAUUUGAGCUUGGACGGAGAGCACAGGAAAGUCAGGCUCUCUAGCUACGGUCAAGUAGCUGUUUUGAAUGUGCUAUGCUGUAUAUAUUGAUCCUGAUUGAUUAGUUAUUGAUCUUAUGCAACUACAUGGACAUUGUAUGAUUGCAGAACUGUUUUAUAUUUCAACUCUACAAGCAAGAGUAAAGUUCCUUUGUUCAUUUCAAUUCCUCUGCCUGGUCUGGACUGGACGCUACUGAUUCCGCUAUACUCUCACCUGGUAACAUUUCCUGCACUUGCUGUGUUGUUCCUGACCACCAUUUCCACGGCAACAACACCUUGUGUCACAAUGAAUGGGCCAGGGAUGAUUCUCUCCCUUGAGCUCAGUUGGCCAGAAGGCGAAGUAGGAGACAUGGAGAUCUUGCUACCAAUGCUGCUCUUGAUAGCCUUGCUAUGUCUCGUGCCAGGACUGGACGGGGCCCCGAUUCCCAAUCUGCACCGGGAUUUUCAAAAUGUUCAACAUUUACAGAUUUCCAUCGAACCAAUGGCGACGGUACAUAUUUCGGCAGGGCAACAAGGCGGCCAGAAGAGAUCAGAACGACCAGAGGGAUCAGGAUCACAGAGAUUGGAGACGACCGGAACCGAAGUACAUCACACCCCAACGACAACAGCUUUUUGGAGACUGCGGAAUGACAAAAUUGCCACCAUCGUGCUGCACAAGGACACAACCACCACCCAAGAGACCACCACUCAAGAGGUUCCCCAGAAUGGGAUAACUCUUUCUGUCACAGAAGAACCCGUGAUCAGCAUUCUGCCACAGAAGGUGGAGGUCAGCUUUGAGACAUCACCCUCGAGGCCUCAGAGUGAUAUACAUGGCACCAUCAUUCUGCGUCCGGACACGCCUGCUGUGGCCGAGGUCGUCUCUCCAAAAGUCACCCAUCACGUAAUGAGCGCAUCGGUUGCCAUCUAUUCUUCCCAUUCAGAAAAGCCACCGAAAAAUAACAACAUAGCCAUAGUGAAAACCAAUCAUUUCACCUGGAAUCAUAAAUCUUCCAGAGGAGACAUCAUGGGCUUGAUUGAUGUCUUGACCAAAAUGUUAAGGAAUACUCCGGUGGUUGUUAAAAUUGACCCAGACUUCAACACAAAGCUCGAGAAUGUCAAAGAUUACCUGAGAGAGAUGCUGGCGCUGGUGAAAAAUGCGGAGAAUAAGCUGGUCAAGGGUUUCAAACAGAAGCAGGAGGAGGUGGCCAAUGACACCAUCGUGCCUUCGCCCCCGGCCACCACGGUGUCGUUGACGAUCCACGUGGAGACACCCACCACCCCUGACUCGACAGACCUCAAGUUGGCCCAACUGCAAAUGGAAUUGGCGAAGCUCAAAUCAUUUUUGAGAGUGCUGGAUCAUUUCACUGCCCGACUAAGUUCCUUUGUGCGAAAUUCUCCAAAUAGAAAAGCAUCCAAAGAGAUUGUGGACAAAGCGAUAGCCAUCCUGAAGACCAUCAAGGCUGUGUUCUGUGAAAAUCCAAACCGUCAGACCCAACAGGUGCUGAAGGAUCUGAUAGAUAAAGAGAUGCAGCUUCUAAAACAAGCCAAGAGGGAAGCCAGGGUUUUGUAAGCAUUUCCCAUCAAGAGACAUGUACAACAGGCAAAAAUCUUUCGUUUUUUAGUAUUCUUGCCUUGGCUCUCUGGCUGACAGCUUUUUCUAAAAAUCCCCCUAACUUUAAUCCAGUUCCCACUCCCUGACCUGAUCCCAACUAUCUCUACAUUCUUUCCUAUACCUACUCCCCUCUCACUUACUCUGCUCUUUUAAAUAUGAUAUAUCAAUAAAAAUCAUUAAAAAAAAGA